UUGCUUCUACGUGUACAUGAUCCUGAGCUAGAUCUUUCAGCCUUUGUUCAAGUAAAGUUUUCUUUGCAGAGAACUGCCUCGGAAGGCAAAUGCGACUUCUUUAGCAGGAUGGCUCCAGCUCAAAGCUGGUAGCAUGUGCUGCUGCAAUGUGGACUUCUUCCUCCAUCUGAAGUUGUCUCGCAGGCUAUGAGCCUACUCCCUCGCUCCAUGGCCCACCAUCGGGCCGAGGACAAACAAAUUGGUGCCGCUGUAUCGUCCAGUUCUUCGCUGGAGAGUGUCAACAGUGUGGAUGUGGAUGUGUCACUCGGCUCUGUUGAGCCCAAUGCAGCAACAAGGGCGUCCAUGCCCAACUUGGUUACAGCCAAGCCGCUCGAUGAGCCAAUAAAAGAUUGGCAGAAUAUCAUUCAACCCUUGCUGACUGGAGAGCGUGAUGGCAGUGGUAACUCCGUGUCCGCAACUUUCCAGGCUUGGCUGGAUUUGUUUUCAACUACACCUCAACUCUUCAACCAGUCCCAAGCCCAGGGGUACGAGAAUAAUGUACAUGUACUAAGAACGGCCCGUACACAUAGCAUGCCAUCGUUUCCUGUACCUCCACCGCCACCAUUGCCAGUACAGGUCCCGCAGUCAAGGAAGACGAAGAAGUCUUCUAGUCCGACAAUAGGUCGCCCACUGCUACCUUCUCGGCCUCCAGAUUAUUCAGCACUGCUUGGCUCAUCCCCACCAUCUUCAUCUGACACAUUGAAGGUGCGUGCACCAUCACCACCAACUGUAUUCUCCACCAGUGAUCGAUAUCGCUGUUAUCUGGAGGCUGCUACAUCCAUGAUGACUCAGCAUGGCGAAGACACUCUCACGUAUCUCAAUAAAGGCCAAUUUUAUGGCAUCGUGUUUGAAGCCAGGCCGGAAAGCAAUGAUGCCGGCCAAUUGGCAUCACCGCGACAGGUGCAGUCUGUUGUGUCAUUGGUGUUCCGGGAGGAGAAGGAUGAGGAAAGUGAACUUCAGCACUGGAGUUAUUGGCACUCGCAGCAGCCCAACCCACUGUUGCGCGCAUUUGACGUUGACCGCAAGAGUGCCAGCACCAGCCUUGAGAGCAUCGAUGACCUUGCACACAAUGCCACUUCUUUCAUCUGGAACUCAUCACAACCCGCACGGGCUACUCUGCGUGUGAAUUGCUUGAGCACAGAGUUCUCGCCUCAGAAAGGUGUCAGGGGAAUGCCUCUCUUUCUCCAAGUGGAUACGUUUGACAAUUUUUCAGCCGAUGCUGAGGCCAGCCACCGCUGCUACUGCAAAAUUAAAGUUUUCCGUGAUAAGGGAGCUGAGCGCAAGAACAAGGAUGAAUCCAAAAGUGCUGAUCGGCGGAUGGCUAAAAUCCUCAAGCAACAGCAGCACAUUCGCCGGCGAGGUCCUGGUCAUCACCGCUCAGCUCCUUUCCCAUCCAGUACCCUGGCUUCCAGCACCGUGCAUGAAGCAACAGACCAGGAGGCUGCCAUCUCGGCUGGUGCGAAUGUGCCUGUUGUCGCUCAUGCUGCUGCCGCUGCUGCGGUGACACUGCCGGCAGCGGCGGCGGCAGCAGCGGCAGGACCUGCCAGUGCGUGGCCUGGCCCACAGCGGUCACUGACCAACCCGUCUGGGUUCUUCCAGGCGCCCAGCAAGGUGACCAUCUUGACCACUACCAGUACUCUGGGCCGGCGACCAGUCCACUUCAAUCCCAGUGACGUUCACCAGCUGCCCCCACCACCGAUGUAUGAUGCCAGUGCAGCCCAAUCUCAACUCUGUGCACUCAUCCAGCAACAGCAGCAGCAACAACAGCAGCAACAGCAACAACAACAGCAGCAACAGCAGCAGAAGCAACAGACUGACCUUGAGAGAAUAAUGCCCUUGCCAGGAUGUGCUGACCUAAUGAAGGAUCAACUCAGUAACUUGGAUAUGGACGGCGGGCCAAGGAGCAAGAACCCACGCACUGAGCGUCGUUUGCCAGCGGUUACACUCUAUGUGCGCAAAGAGGAGGACGUCAUCUACAAUGCUAUCAUGCUUGAUCAGUUGACUGUGCAGGAACUGAGCGUGAAGGUUGCUCGCAAGUACGAUGUUCCUCACGACAUCAUCAAGAAUGUCUAUAAACGAACCAAGCGUGGCAUCCUGGUGAAUGUGGAUGAUCGGAUGGUGCAGCAGUUUGUGAACGAGGAUGACUUCAUAAUACAGAUGGUGUACGACAGUCACCGUGCUGAGUGGGAUCUUUACCUGCACUACUAACAGUACUACUGUCUAAGUCUUUCGGGGCAUUGGCAGCUCUCUCUUCUGAGAAUAAUUCCCCAUGCUCUUUACCAGGUGCAGUGUUCAGGGCGUACUGUUGUACCACAGCUAUGGCUUGUUGGUACUUGAGAAUUUGAGUUGCUGUUUAGUCUCAUCGCACCCACCCACGUAUGCAGCUGUGGCUUCCGGCACUAGGGUGUAAUAUGCUUGGUGUAAAGUUGUACCCAGCAUCAUAUCCACGCAUCUUCUUGUGCAGUGCUGCGUGAAGUCCUUGUCAGAUGCAUUCUUUAGCGGACUGCCAGGUGUUUAGAUUCACCUCGAAGGGAAGAUGUCCGGUGAUUCUGAUCAUCUCCUAGUUGAUGUUCCGUUUUUGUAGUGCACGUCCGUGGAUUCCUCCUAUAAAGACUUGCCAAGACGUUGAGCCUCUUUCUCGAACACGCCUGUGUUAUCACUCGACUAUCUCGAACCUUUUUAGGGAAUGAACUUGACCUUUUUCCCCGUGUAUAUAUUGAUUGUGGGGAAACGGGGUAUUUCGCUAUUCCGUUGUGUGGUCGCUCCAUUUGUAGAUAGGCUUGGCCUUGUUUCAGUGCCAUGGCGUUAGCUGUUUUAGAGUGCGGUGGACGCUACAGCCGUUACCUGCGCUCGUUAUGUAGUAUCGAUAUCCUGUCUUCUAUCCGCUUUCCAACUGUUUCAAUGGUUUCGUAUGGUAGCCGUUCUAUUUUAUACCAUGAGCGUGAAUCAAUAGAGAUAUGGACACGUUUCUCAUAGCCUCGUCCAUAUGUAUCAAUUUUUGUUUGGACGCUGCUGCCUAUUAAUCAUAAUAACCUACCUACCCGUAUACCUUUCUCAAUACCUCUUUUCGUCCUGAUUUGGCCAGCGUGCACCACCCGUCCACUCCUAUCUUUCCUUGCGCACCCUCAUUUUUAUGCUGCUUCAGUAGUUCCCAAGAUAUUUUGCCCGCGCUGUUUCUCAGUUCAGUUGUAUUUGUGUACAUAUGCUUGCUUUUGGUGGCCACUGUUCCCACAAGUCACCAUUCCCCAUCCUCGUUAUCGUUUAUUGUUCGUCAAAUCAGGCAGAUCCAGCCAUGAUCUGCUAAGCUACAUCUGAGCACUUCUCGGACGUCUUUCUUGCACACAUCCGACCAAUAAAUGGUGACAGGUCACCAUCACCGUCGGAUGGCACGGUGCAUUCACUGUUUGUGUUUUUCUCUCCAACUCGUUUGUUCGAUUCCCCCCCCCCCCCCCUUCAUUCUUCUUGUCAGUCUGCUGUCAGUGUGUUCUGUCGUUUGUUAUGUUGGUCCACUAACAGCUAACACCGCUUGUAUGGCUUUGACGUAUAUCCUCUUUUCGCAUAGUUUUCCAGGCAAUGGGAUUAUACAGUUGUCAAUCCUCCAUGCUCACAAUAACUAUGCCUUGAUUGUACUCUGUCCAUAUG